UUUAAAUAAUAAUAUUUAUUUAAUAUCAAAUUCUUUAAGUAAAAUUGCCAUUAUAGAUGCAUUAGCUUUAUCAAAAUUGGAUCAUACUUUUUCAAUUAAAUUUUUUAUGUUUAAAGAUUUUUUUCUUUGUCAAUGGCAAGAAAUAAUAAUGACACAAAUUGAAUGGAUUAUUGGUACAUCAGAUAAUGUUCAACAAUCAAAAAAGAAACAAAUCGAAUGUAGAACAUUUAUCAAACAAACAUUCAAACAAACAAUUGGUAUUUCAUUGAUUAAUAAUAAUUUAUAUAUUUCAACAAGUAAAAAUGUAAAUCAAAUAAUUAUAUUUGAAAAUGUUAUCGAAAAUGAUGAUGAUAGUAUUAUACUUGGAAAAUAUGGUUAUUUAUCGAAAAUAACCAAUACUGGUUUCGGAAAUGUAUGGAAACAAAUGUCAUGUACAAAAAAUUUGUAUUAUGAAAAUCCUGAUCAUGAUACAAAUGAUGAUAAUUAUGUUCAUCCAUUCUCAUUGUCAAUGUUGAAUACAACAUUGAAAUGUAGUUCUGAAUCCAAACAAUUUUAUUCCGGUUUAUUAUAUGGUGAAAUAUUUGGUUAUUCAAUACAAUUAUAUUGGCAAACAACAAUCAAAACACAGCCAUGUACAAUUAUUGAAAUACAUUAUACAAAUAUGGACAAUAAUAAUCCUGAUCAACAACAGAAUAAUUAUCAUUUUAUUGAAAUUACUGGACAAAAUGAAUUCUAUAAAUUAAUAAUGUUAGAAGAAAAUGAACAACAAGUGUAUGUAUGGCGUAGAAAACCUGACCAUAAAUAUGUUGAUUAUAUUGGUCAAUUAUGUUGGUCAUCAAAUGAUCGUAUUCGUAUUGUUUACAAUUACAAACAUGAUGAAUGUCAAAAUACCAUAGAAUUAUCAAUGAAAAUUUCAUAUGGAUUUAUUGGUAAAAUUAAUAAACUAUAUCUAGUAUCAUUAUCAAAUAAUGAAAUAUUGAUUAUUGAUGGAGAUUUAUUACAAAAUGUAAUUUAUGAUAAAUGGUAUUCAAUACGUACUAAAAGUAUUGAGCAAUUUUUUCAGUGUCAACCAUCAGGGAAACCAUCGGAAACAGUGACAACAUCAAGAUCACAGAGAGAAAGAACAACACCAAGAUCACAGAGAGAAAAAACAACAUCGAGACGACAGCGAGAAAAGACAACACAUAAAGAAGAUACAAUUACAUCAAAUCCAUCUUUUACAAUUACUACCGAAGAUCAUGAAUUGACUCAUGAUUCAAAACAUCAGGAAAAAGGUAAAUCAUCAUUAUUUUGGAUUUUAUUGGCAUUCAUAUUGUUGAUCAUUGGCUUUCUUUGUUUCACAAUGUUACCAUCAAAACAUCAUCGAAAACAUCAUCAUCAUAAUCAUCAUCAUGUUCAUAAACAUAAACGUGGUCCUAAUGAUAAAAAACAUUAUCCAAUAAAAAUAAUACCAAACAACAAUCCCAAACGAAAACAAAAUCGAAAUCGUCGCCAAGAACGUUAUCGAAAGUUGAAUUUUGUAUCAUUAGAAAGACGUGGCUGAACAAAUUAAUAAUGACAUAUUUCUUAACAUAUUACAUAAAUUGAACAAUAAAAUAU